AAAAAACACAACCACCACAUUUCGACUACCACCAAGGCUUCAAAUCGGCUUCCAUUUCUGACUUCGAUCCGUCUUCAUCUAAUAUUAGUAUCGUCUCAAAUACAGUAUAUCAAUUACACAACAAUGCCUCCCAAAGCCGCAGCUCCCAAGGCCAAGGGCGCGUCCUCGGACCACGCCAGCUACCAAGACAUGAUUACUGAUGCCAUCAUCAACUUGAAGGAUCGCAAUGGUUCCAGCCGUGUCGCCCUGAAGAAGUAUGUCAAGGCCAACAACAAGAUCGCCAUCGCCGAUAACAUGUUCGACUCCUUGUUCAACCGAGCUCUGAAGGCCGGUGUUGAAAAGGGUAUCUUCGCGCAACCAAAGGGAAGCUCUGGUGGAACUAAGCUUGCCAAGAAGCAGCCCAAGCCAGCUGCCGCAAAGCCCAAGACUGAGAAGAAGGAAAAGAAGCCUGCCGCCGCCGCAGCAAAGCCAACCAAGACCACCGUGAAGAAGACACCUGCUGCCAAGCCCAAGGCUGCCUCCAAGGCUGCCCCCAAACCCAAGAAAGAGGCCAAGGAGGCCAAGGAGACGAAGCCCAAGGUAGCAAAGGCAAAGGCUGCUGCACCUAAGCCAAAGAAGGCUGCCGCCACAAAGGCUGGUCCUGCUGUGGCAGACAAGCCAGCUGUCCUAGGCAAGACCAAGUCUGGGCGCGUCACCAAGACAACAGCAAAGACGGCUCCUGCUAAGAAGGCCGCUGCGCCGAAGAAGGCUGCCACGAAGAAGUCGACCCCAAAGAAGGCUGCUGCACCUGCUUCAUAGGCGGGCUGUAGAGUUGUGCUUUCCUUGGAUUUUUGGUACUGGCGUUGUGGCGACCUGAAGGAGUCUGAACAACGCGCUUUGUGAUUGGGGGCUUUUGCGGGAAUAUUAU